AUGUCGACUCGAACUACGACGACACUCGCCUAUCCAGCAACGACCACGCCCACUCCUCCUAUCCUUACACCCACUAUGUUAGAUACACAUUUAGCCACAACAAUCAUAAGAGCAGUGACCAUGCCCAAUUCGAGUACGAAUACAAGUAAUAUUGCUAACCAUAACCGCCCAACAAUCACCAACCACAACACCAGCACCCCCACGACCCCCACCACUACCCACACACACCUCGACACAAUGCACACAUAUGCGCAGAGCAUAAGCUGGCGACUGCAGCGAUAUUGCGCACAGGCCAUAGCAGCAACGAGCAGCAGGCGAAGAAGAAGAAGGCGUGAUGAUAUUAACAACAACAACAACAACCACCACAACAGCAGCAACAAUACAACGAAUUGCAAUAUCAAUAACUGCAAUCAGAGCAACUACAGCAAUAACAAUCACAUUGCGUUUAAUACGCUUUCUAGUGCGGCACUGGAUGACACAGAUCACUACGAUCGCAACAAUAACACUAACAACAACAAUAGCAGUAACUAUAACAACAAUACUUCCAGCGGGAGCAGCAAUAUCAACUUAAUUAAAACUAUAACAACAACAAUUUCACCUGCAAUUCAACUAUUAAAUGCGGCUAUCCGCACUCUGCUGAGUAGCUCUACAAAAGCCGCCACCUACAUCGGUGCGUUGCUCGUCCUUACCACGCUAUGUUCCUUCUGUGCUGCUUCACCCUGCGAUCUACACAGCUGGUGGGAUCCGCUCAAGGACAAAUGUAUUACUUGCACUGUGUGUGAGGGGGAUUUGAUACCAUUGCGUCCGUGUCAGUUGCAUCGUGACACGAUAUGCGGCUCCAUUUAUGAUCUGAAGAUCGAUUGGGUGGUGCUGGCGAAAACGGAACCCAACUGGAAGGAGGUGAGUCGUUUAAAACGAUUUAAAGCGAUUGAAUGUGACUUGUAA